AUGAUCUACAUGGGCUGGGCUGUAGGCCUAUGCUCGAUACUUUGGCCGAAUUACGCUGGUGCAGUACCAGCAACGCCGUCGCCAUCCUCGUCAGCUUCAUCACCAACCACCUCCUUCAAUGUCGUAAUGGAUGAGCCCGCAAAUGGAUACCUAUGGGUCCCACAAAGGGACUGGGAGAACUUCCAACGGCAAGGCGUCCUUUUCAAUACUAACGCACUCCGAACACAGAUUGGAGAAUUCGGAUUGGAACUGGAAACCUCGGUGAAUGACCUGUUCUCAAAUGGCGAUACAGUGAUUGUCGAACUUGCUCUAGGGCCACACAUAAUACGCUCAGACUCCCAUUCCCAUCUUUCUGCCUAUGGUGUAUUCUUCUCGCAAGUGCGGAGAUAUCAGGCUGUUGAGGAUCGUGAACAAGCUAACGAGGCUGGCUGGACUGUCAAUGACGGGUACAACUCUCAAUGGAACCAAUUCGGCGCCAUAUCUGGACAGACCAACUACGGGGUCCCUGAGAUGCGGCAAAUGGACCAACGAUAUCUCAACAGCGUGGCUGCCGACCACUUCACCCGGGCACUGCUCCAUUUCUUAACCGGCCCAUCAAGCAUCCUGAAUGAGAAUUUACGACAGACGUUUAGGCGCCUAAUUGGCUGGGGAGAGGAAGAGGGACGAGCCCAGCUCCUCCCCGCUGUAACGAACCCUCUGUCAAUGGACUCGAUAGUGGUGCACUAUCUGUCAUCUCUUGAGGCAAACCUGAGGCUUGCAAGAUAUGGUAUCAACGAAGACAAUCUGGCGAAUGGAGAAUGCCCGGCGUUGAUUCGCGCCAUGGCUGCGCAUCUAGGUCUGGGUCCAUCACUCUGGGGACGGGCUAAGGUCCAAGCUACGGAAAUACCAGGAAGCUGCGAGAAUGCCGUCUCCGUGUAUUGCAGACAGCAGACGCAGGACGGCUUAUGUGAGGCUGUCCAACAAGCGGAGCAAACGGACGUGGAAACUUGCAACUACUUCAAGUCCCUUGAAGUCAAGUUGACUCUCGGAAACGGGGUUUGGGGCUUUGAUGGCGCCGGCACCGUCGAUGACAUUGUCAUUGAGUUCGGCAAGCACGAUCACCAAACCAUCCUGAAACAUCCCUCGCGCGGAGACGAGGCAACAAUCUCGGUGGACCUUGAGAAGGCCUUCGGAUCAAAGGAAGUCCUUGUUGAGGCUGUUAAAUCGUUUAAAUUAUACUCGGUGCAGGAUCAACAGAAGAAUCCGGAUUCGUGGGAGAUUGGAGGUCUUUACAUUUACGGAACGUGCGUUGAGUCAUCGAGGAGGGCUAUUAUCAAAAAAUACGACAACGUCUACGAUUGGUUCAACCGGUUUGGCGACAUCAACCCAGAGUAUGGCUCGUCCCAUUUUAAUGGACAUAUUGACCUUGGUGACUGGCAAUGGGAGACACCAGAUGAAAAGACCAAGACAAUCGCCGUCAUGCCGCCCGGGCAGCCGAGUGCCUGCAGCAAGUUUAAAUCGCUCGAGGCGUAUCUUGAGCUGGGUAAAGGGGUUUAUAGCGGUAGCGGAGCCGGAACAAAUGACGACAUCAUGCUCGACUUUAGCGACGACUCAUUCAACCCGAGCGAUAUCCUGCUCAUGUCAUCUCCUUCGCGCGGUGACUCCGUUACAAAGCCUGUUGACCUGAAAAGUGUCUUUGGAAAGUCUGUGGUGUCUCCGAAAGAUAUUCGACAAGUCUCAGUCUACUCCGAGCAGGGUACAAGUCACUGGGCAGAUCCAUGGGAGAUCGCAAGGCACCCGCCAGGCGAAGUUGUGAUGGUUCAAGAAGCCAAGCGCACUGCACAGUUUUCACUUCUACACUACAAUAGUCUCUAG